UCCACCUCUAAUGGCUCAGAACGGGACAGCAGAGAACGGGCUGGUGGAGGACAUGCCUCUACCUCGGCCUGUUAAAGUCCAGGAGAUCAGGCACACCAAGAUUUUCAUCAACAAUGACUGGCACGCCUCCAGCAGAGGACGGACGUUUCCGACCUUCAACCCGGCGACAGGCGGCAAAAUCUGUGAGGUGGAGGAAGCUGACAAAGAGGACGUGGACCGGGCAGUGGGAGCAGCGAAGGCGGCGGGGAGGAGGGGCUCUCCGUGGCGGAGGAUGGACGCGUCCAGCCGGGGCAGACUGCUGAACAAACUGGCCGACCUGAUGGAGAGAGACCGGCUGCUCCUGGCGACGUUGGAGAGUUUGGACACAGGGAAGCCCUUCCUCCAGUCCUUCUUCAUCGAUCUGGACGGCAGCAUCAAGACUCUGAGAUACUACGCCGGCUGGGCCGACAAGAUCCACGGGAAGAGUCUGCCUGUAGAUGAAAACUUCACCUGUUUGACCAAACAUGAGCCUGUAGGAGUCUGUGGAGCCAUCAUCCCAUGGAACUUUCCUCUGCUCAUGUUCGUGUGGAAGAUCGCCCCGGCUCUGAGCUGUGGAAACACCGUGGUCCUGAAACCGGCGGAGCAAACGCCACUCACAGCGCUACACGUGGGAUCGCUCAUCAAAGAGGCUGGUUUUCCUCCUGGAGUCGUGAACAUCGUACCUGGAUUCGGCCCCACAGCUGGAGCGGCGAUCGCCGGUCACAUGGACGUGGACAAAGUGGCGUUCACCGGCUCUACAGAGGUGGGUCAGCUGAUCCAGGAAGCAGCCGCUAAGAGUAACCUGAAGAGAGUGACUCUGGAGCUGGGAGGGAAAAACCCCGCCAUCGUGUUCGCCGACUGUGACUUGUGUGUGGCGGUGGAGGAGGUCCAUAAGGGGACGUUUUAUAACCAGGGUCAGUGCUGCACGGCAGCGUCUCGAGUCUUUGUGGAGGAGAGUAUCUACGAGGAGUUUGUGCGUCUCAGCGUAGAAAAAUGUCAGAAGAUCGUAACAGGAGACCCUCUGGACCCCCGGACUACACACGGGCCUCAGAUCGAUCAACAACAGUUCAACAAGAUCAUGGAUCUGAUCGAGAGCGGGAAGAAGGAGGGAGCCCGGCUGGAGCUGGGAGGAGCUGCCCUGGACGACGAGGGCCUCUUCAUCCAACCCACCAUCUUCUCCGGGGUCAAAGACCACAUGAGCAUCGCCAAGGAGGAGAUCUUCGGUCCUGUCCUCUGCAUAUUCAGCUUCCAGACUCAGCAGGAAGUGAUCGACAGAGCCAACAGCUCCCGGUACGGCCUGGUGUCUGCCAUCUUUACCACCAGCAUGGACCGAGCUCUGGGCGUGUCUGCAGCCCUGGAGACCGGCACCGUGUGGAUAAACUGCUACAACGCCCUCCAUGCACAGGCUCCUUUCGGAGGAUUCAAGAUGUCAGGAAACGGACGAGAGCUAGGGGAGUACGCCCUGGCCGAGUACUCGGAGGUGAAGGCGGUGACCAUCAAGCUGAACGAGACGCUGUGAGGAGAGGAGGGACGG